GUCUCAUGAACUGUAUUGCACGACCAUAAGCAGAACCUUCACCUAACAUGACUAGGCAUAGUUAACCAGAGAGACACGCUUGCAAAGUUCAAACUGAAAUUUUCAGAAGACCUUUCUGGCUUGGUUUCACAUGGAAGAGAAUUCAUCACUUGCUGCUACUGAUGCCCAGGAUAAGGAAAAUGCGUGGAAAUGGCCAAGCACCAUCGGGUGAACAAGUCAACACGUCCCCAAAAGCACAUGGUCCUCAGUCCUCACCAGUGUCUACUCCUUUCAGCCUUUCUUCCCCUUCUGCCUUCUCACACAGUCAAACAACUGAAAAACAAGGAAACAAAGCUCCCAUGGCAGCAGAGGCAAUCUUAGGAGCCUUCAUGCAAACCCUGUUCCAGAAAUUGUCUGAAGCACUUCUCGACCACUUCAAGUCUUGCAGGGGCAUCCAUAGCAAGCUGGAGAGCCUCUCCCAGAUUCUCUCUCAGCUACAGGCCUUCCUCGACGACGCCGAGGCAAAGCAGCUGGCAGACGCGUCCGUGCGGGGGUGGCUAGCGAAGCUCAAGGACGUCGCAUACGACCUGGAUGAUCUGCUCGACAGGUAUACAGCCAAGAUUAUGUAUCUGAAGAAGAGGAAGGUGAAACUCUCCACCAAGGCAAGUGUCGGUUCCCCUUCUUCCUUCCUGCAUAGGAAUCUGUACCAGUACAGGAUAAAGCGUAAGAUUAGCGGGAUAUUGGAGAGGUUGGAUAAAAUUGCAAGAGAACGCAACACGAUUGGGCUCCAGAUGUUGGGUGAAAUGAGCAGGCGUGAGACGCCGGAGAGGCCACAGUCAAGCUCUCUUGUGGAUAGUUCAGCUCUGUUUGGCAGGGAGGGAGACAGAGAGGAAAUGGUGAGGCUCAUGCUAUCUGAUAAUGGGCACAGUUCCUGCAAUGUUUGUGUUAUUCCAGUUGUUGGCAUGGGGGGGCUUGGUAAGACAACUCUUAUGCAGAUGGUGUACAAUGAUGACAGAGUGAAAGAACACUUUGAAUUGAGGAUCUGGAUCUAUGUGUCUGAAUGUUUUGAUGGGAGAAAGCUAACACAAGAAACUCUUGAGGCUGCUGCCUAUGACCAAUCCUUUCCUAGCACCAACAUGAAUAUGCUACAGGAAACACUCUCUAGAGUGUUGCGGGGCAAGAGGUACUUGCUUGUCUUGGACGAUGUUUGGAAUGAAGACUAUGAUAAAUGGCUCAGCUACAGAGCAGCCCUAAUUUCAGGAGGGCUUGGAAGCAAGAUAGUGGUUACAACACGCAAUGAGAAUGUUGGCAGAAUCAUGGGAGGGCUAGAGCCCUACAAGUUACAGCAACUAUCGGAUGAUGACAGCUGGUCCGUAUUCAAGAGCCAUGCAUUCAGGGAUGGUGACUGCAGCACAUACCCGCAGCUGGAGGUGAUAGGAAGGCAAAUUGUGAAGAAGCUAAAGGGAUUGCCUCUCGCAUCGAAAGCAUUAGGGAGCCUCCUCUUCUGCAAAGCAGAUGAAGAGGAGUGGAAGGGGAUACUAAGAAGUGAUAUAUGGGAGCUACCAGCAGACAAAAAUAACAUAUUGCCAGCUCUGCGGCUAAGCUACAACCAUUUACCACCACAUCUGAAGCAGUGCUUUGCAUUCUGUUCCGUGUAUCCAAAAGAUUAUAUAUUCAGUAAAGAGAAGUUGGUUAAGAUUUGGCUAGCACUUGGUUUCAUCAGGCAAUCUAGAAAGAAGAUACCGGAGGAUUCUGGUAAUGCAGAUUUUAAUGAGCUAGUAAGCAGGUCUUUUUUCCAGCCCUACAAGGAGAACUAUGUGAUGCAUGAUGCAAUGCAUGACCUUGCUAUAUCAGUUUCCAUGGAACACUGCGAGCGAUUUGAGGAUGGGACAAGAUACAAAAAUGCCAUAAAGACCCGUCAUCUUUCAUUUCCAUGCACCGGUGCCGGGACCAAGCAUUUUGAUCCACUGUAUGGGUUUAGGAAGUUAAGAACACUAAUUCUCAUGCAUGGAUACAAUUCUAAGAUAUCUCGGUUCCCUGAUGGUGUCUUUAUGAAACUUCAAUUCCUUAGAGUUCUUGAUAUGCAUGGAAGAGGUCUUAAGGAAUUACCAGAGUCUAUAGGGAAUCUGAAACAACUUCGCUUCCUAGAUCUCAGCAGCACUGAAAUAAAAACAUUACCAGCAUCUAUUGUCAAGCUCUAUAACUUGCAAAUUAUGAAGCUGAACAACUGCAGCUCACUAAGGGAAGUGCCACAUGGCAUCACUAAGCUCACUAAUCUGCGCCACUUAGAGGGAAGCACAAGGCUACUGUCAAGGAUACCAGGAAUUGGAAAUUUGAUCUGCCUACAGGAAUUAGAAGAAUUUGUUGUCUUGAAGCGCCCCGGACACAACGUCACAGAGUUAAGAAACAUGGAUCAGCUGCAAGGAAAACUUACCAUUCGUGGCCUCAACAAUGUGGCUGAUGAACAAGAUGCAAUUUGUGCGAAGUUGAAAACCAAAGAACAUCUUCGAGCUCUACACUUUAUAUGGGAUGAGGACUGCAAACUUACUCCUUCAGAUCCACAAGACGAAGUUCUGGAAGGCCUUCAACCACAUAUCGAUCUCAAGGAAUUGAUGGUUAAAGGUUUUCCAGGGGCGAGGUUCCCGAGCUGGCUUGCUACUUCAUUUCUUCCUAAUCUGCAAACCACACAUAUCUGCAACUGCAGAUGCACAGUUCUCCCGCCAUUAGGCCAACUUCCUUUCCUCAAAAAUCUCAAUAUAGCAGGAGCAACUGAGGUGACACAAAUUGGACGCGAGUUCACAGGACUUGGGCAAAUAAAAUGUUUUCCAGCAUUAGAAGAGCUUCUGUUGGAAGAUAUGCCGAAGCUGGGAGAGUGGAUUUUUUAUGAUGCUGAUCAGUUGUUCCCUCAAUUAACUGAACUUGGUCUCAUCAAUUGCCCAAAGCUGAAGAAGUUACCCCCUGUUCCACCAACACUUACAACACUGAGGAUAGAUGAAGCUGGACUUGAGUCACUUCCAGAUCUUCAAAAAGAAGCUUGUCCGUCUUCUCUAACAUUUCUAUACAUCAAUGGUUGCCCGAAUCUAACAUCUCUGCGUGUAGGCUUGCUUUCACAUAAUCUGACAGCCCUCAAGAGUCUAACAGUAGCCCACUGUGAAGAGCUUGUUUCGCUACCAGAAGAGUGUUUCCGUCCACUUACAUCACUUCAGUUCCUGCACAUCUACGAGUGCCCUUGCCUGGUACCUUGGACAGCCCUGGAGCGAGGCUUGCUUCCCGCUUCAGUUGAGGAAAUCCGUCUAGUAUCUUGCUCUCUGUUAGCACAUGUACUUCUAGAUGGCCUACAAUACCUUCCUCGUCUCAAGCAUUUUCAAAUUGCUGACUACCAAAUUGCUGACUACCCUGACAUCAGUAACUUUCCACUGGAGCUUUUACCUCACACACUUCAGUUCUUAGAUAUAUCACGCUGUGAUGACCUCCAGUGUUUGCCUCCUAGUCUGCAUAAAGUCUCCUCACUUGAAACACUACAUAUCUCCAACUGUCGUGAGCUUGAAAGCUUGCCAGAAGAAGGUCUGCCCAGGGGGCUCAAGGAGCUUUACAUCAAUCAAUGCCCAAAAAUUAAGCAACGAUGCCAAGAAGGUGGGCAGGACCGAGUCAAGAUAGCUCACAUCAGAGACAUCGAGAUUGAUGGGGAUGUUAUUGUGCUUGAGCAGAUAUAGAAGCAAUGGAGUCCGUUGGUGAAGCCGAAGGACGCUGAUCUCAUGAAGCACGCCCAAGUCCGUAUUCACCAGGUUUACGUCGCGGCUAGGGAGCCGGUGGUGCCAGC